AUGCGCGCAAAGGAGAAGGAAGUAGCCGCCGCUUCUGCCGCCGCCGCCGUCGUGCAAGGGCUGUCGGAGCGGGCGCUGCGCUUGCGGCGGCGGGGCAGGAGCAGGAGCAGGGCUGCGAGGCGCCCGGCCCAGCCCCCUCGCCCUAAGCGCAGCCCCCUCUGGCCCGCGUUGCAGAAGCCGUCGCUGCUCUGCUGCGGAUCUCCGUGCUCGCCCUUCUUCACCCCGUUUGCAUGGAGCUCGUCCGAGCGAGCGCCGCCGCUGCCGGCGGGUAAGGAGCCCGACGCGCUUGCUCCCUGGCUCGGGGAUCCUCGUGGCAGCCCCAGCUGUGCCCUGGAGGGGCAGGAGCCGGUGGCGGCCGCCGCUUCCGCUGCUGCUGCCCGCUGUGCGCGCCUCUGCCCGGGGGAGGCAGCAGAAGCUCCCGCCCGCCGGGGAGCGAGCGACCUUGCCCGGUGGCGGAGGGGCCUGGCCGGCCAGGAAGGUGAAGGACGCGAUGCCCCGGCGCGGAGGAUUGCUGAAUCCUGUCUUCAUCAGUGAGCUGGAGGGACCAGUGAUUAAGGCACCUUCCUAACCCAGGACGUGUGAUUCCCAGGAUAUUGAUGUUCCGGGUCUGGUGCUGACAUCCUACAUCAUAGAUUCUUGCCUUGAGUUCCUCCAAUGCACUGGACGGCAUUGGGUAAUUAUCUUGUGCACCCAAGGUAACCUUGGACAAUUCAUUAGUUCAGCUCAGAGGCCACACCAAACUAUAGUUUGUGAAGCUUGGCAAACCAUGGCCUGUGGUCACUUCAUAAGCAAGGGGCAUCAAUGCAUGAGCUUACUGUUAUUUAAGCAGUCUCCAGGAAGCACAUCUGGCUUGCAUUUCUGACCAGACUAAAGGAGUGCUUGGAUUUCAAGAUGCUUAUAAAGGAGUAUCGGAUUCCCCUUCCGAUGAGUGUGGAUGAAUAUAGGAUUGCCCAGCUGUACAUGAUACAGAAAAAGAGCCGAGAAGAGACGUGUGGUGAAGGCAGCGGUGUAGAGAUUUUGGAAAACAGACCAUACAGAGAUGGUCCUGGUGGCAAUGGGCAGUACACCCACAAAGUAUACCAUAUUGGUAUGCAUAUUCCCAGUUGGUUUCGGUCUAUCCUGCCAAAGGCAGCAUUAAGAGUCGAAGAGGAGUCAUGGAAUGCGUAUCCUUACACAAGGACAAGGUACACAUGCCCAUUUGUGGAGAAAUUCUCUAUUGAUAUUGAAACCUAUUAUAUAACUGACUCAGGAGAGCAAGCCAAUGUCUUCAACCUUUCCCCUGCAGAGAAAAGGCAGACCGUCCUUGAUCCCAUUGAUAUUGUGAAAGACCCCAUCCCUCCACACGAAUACAAGUCAGAAGAAGAUCCCAGGCUAUAUAAAUCAGUGAAGACGACAAGAGGGCCUCUCUCAGAAGAUUGGAUCAAAGAGCACAAGAACAACCCAGGGAGAUACCCUAUAAUGUGUGCAUAUAAGCUGUGCAAAGUGGAAUUCAGAUACUGGGGGAUGCAGUCUAAAAUUGAGCGCUUCAUUCAUGAUGUUGGCUUGAGGAAGGUGAUGGUGCGGGCCCACAGGCAGGCCUGGUGCUGGCAGGAUGAAUGGUAUGGGCUUACCAUUGAGGACAUCCGGCAGCUGGAAAAGGAGGCCCAACUGAUGCUGGCGCAGAAGAUGGCCCAGUUCAGUUUCAGUGAGAACGAGCCAGAGCAGCACCUUCCCAAAGACUCUCUGGGUGAGAACAAUACGGAAACAAAGGCCAUAUCUCCAACCACCGAGGCAGUAGAUGCUGCUAGCAAUAUUGGCGAAGCCUUGCCGGGGCGAGUGCUGACCAAGCAGUGGUCAACGUCUUCCAAGUCCUCUUCGAAAAGAGGAGCAAGCCCCUCGCGCCAUAGCAUAUCGGAGUGGAGAAUGCAGAGCAUUGCAAGAGAUUCAGACGAGAGCUCCGAUGAUGAAUUCUUCGAUGCACACGAGGACUUGUCUGAAAGUGAAGAGGUUUUCCCAAAAGAAAUCACCAAAUGGAGUUCAAACGAUCUCAUGGAUAAGAUUGAAACCCCUGAAUCUGAAGAAGUAACAGAUGAUCCGUGUCUUGAAUCAGCAGCAGAGUACCGUGUUGGAUCCAGCGUGGAAAGACUGAGCAUCAUCGAGGAUGAGGUUGUGCCUCCACUAGUACAGCCAAGCAAACUCCAUGUCCUUCUCUUGGUGCUGCAUGGAGGCAACAUCCUGGAUACAGGAAGUGGUGACCAGAGCUCUAAACAAGGCGAUGUCAACACCAUCAACACCGCCUUUGACACCGUCAUUCGGGUCCAUUACCCAGCGGCCCUCGGGCGUAUAGCCAUCAGAUUAGUUCCUUGUCCAGCUAUCUGCUCUGAAGCAUUUUCACUCGUCUCCAACCUUAGUCCUUACAGUUAUGAUGAAGGCUGCCUUUCCAACAGCCAGGAUCACAUUCCACUCGCAGCGCUUCCUCUGCUGGCCACAUCAUCCCCACAGUACCAAGAGGCAGUCGCCACGGUGAUCCUGAGAGCCAAUCAGGUGUACAGCGAGUUCAUCAAAUCCCAGGAAGGCACGUCAUUCAGUGGCCAGGUGUGUUUGGUGGGGGACUGCGUAGGAGGGAUCCUGGGCUUUGAUGCUCUGUGCUACAGCAAUCAGACUAUAUCGGAGAGUCAGAACAGUAGCCGGCGCGGGAGUGUUGUAAGCGUGCAGGACACUGACCUCUUGUCUCCUGGAAUCAUUGUGAACAACAGCUACUGUUCAGGGGCCUCCAACCUGGAAGCCAGCCGACACCUCAGCCGGAGCAACAUUGACAUCCCUCGCAGCAACGGGGAGGAUUCCAGGAAGCAGCUGCCACGGAAGAGAAGCGACUCCUCGACCUAUGAGCUGGACACCAUCAAGCAGCACCAAGCCUUCCUCUCCAGUUUACAUUCUAGCGCUCUGAAAAACUACGCAGGAUCAAGGAGAUCAAGUAGCUCCACUGUGCUGGAUGGAGGGAAUCUUGGGAAAUUUGAGUUUGAGAUCACAGAUUUCUUCCUGUUUGGAUCUCCCUUGGGGCUGGUCCUAGCACUGCGAAAAACCGUCAUUCCUUCUCUUGACAUCUUCCAGUUGAGACCAGCCUGCCAGCAAGUCUACAACCUGUUCCAUCCUGCAGACCCUUCCGCCUCACGCUUGGAACCACUUCUGGAAAAGAAGUUCCACAUUUUACCACCCUUUAAUAUCCCACGCUACCAGAGGUUCCCUCUCGGGGAUGGCAAUUCGGCCCUCCUGGUUGAAACAGUCCAGAGCAACCCUCUCCUUCUCGUAGAAAGCAGCCCUCUGGUUGCUCUCCAGAACCAGGACAGCUUCAUGGAAACCAGUAUCCCUGUGCCCAUCCUGAAUUGGCAAGAUGUUUCCAGUAAAAAUCCUGGAUUUGCUGAGUCGGAUGUUGUUCAGUCUCAUGGUGGCGUCUUCAUGGAAAGUGCGUCCCCUUCUGCUCCCAUUUCAGCCCCCCAGUUCAGGGGCUUCCGGAGAGCCAGCGAGGCCAGCAUUGCCAGCCAGGUCUCAGGAAUGGCAGACAGUUACACUGCUUCCAACAUAGCCAACAAAAGCAAACACCAUCUCACCCAUUCCAGGGGGUUUAGCCUUUUAGCCUUGCUUGCCCUCCCACACAAAUCCCCCACCCAACCCUCACCCAAAAGACAUAGGGCAUCUAAACCUGAAAGGUCCCAGCAUCCCUUAGGAAGAAGGGUUGGGAGCUCCUCCCAUUGGGAAGUGGAUACCAUUCUACAGAUCCCAGACCUGGACAUCGAUAAAGUUGCUGCCAAAUGGUGGGGAACCAAAAGAAUAGAUUAUGCUCUCUAUUGCCCUGAUGCACUGACUGCCUUCCCGACGGUGGCCUUACCGCACCUCUUCCAUGCAAGCUACUGGGAAUCAACAGAUGUGGUUUCCUUCCUCCUCAGGCAGGUGAUGAGACACGAGAACGCCAGCAUUCUGGAGCUGGAUGGAAAGGAGGUCUCCUUCUUUACUCCUUCUAAGCCCAGGGAGAAGUGGCUUCGCAAGAGGACCCACGUGAAGCUAAGGAAUGUCACAGCCAACCACCGAAUCAACGAUGCCAUUGCCAAUGAGGAUGGUCUCCAGAUGUUAAAUGGAAGGUUUAUGUAUGGCCCAUUAGACAUGGUCACUCUCACGGGGGAAAAGGUGGACAUUCAUAUCAUGACACAGCCCCCAUCAGGAGAAUGGGUUUACUUUGAUACAGAGGUCACCAACAGCAGCGGUCGGAUUUCCUAUGUUAUCCCUGAGAACAGGCGGCUGGGGAUUGGCGUGUAUCCUGUCAAAAUGGUGGUCAGGGGCGACCACACAUAUGCUGACAGCUACAUCACUGUUCUGCCCAGAGGGACAGAAUUUGUGGUCUUCAGCAUUGACGGUUCUUUUGCAGCCAGUGUUUCAAUCAUGGGCAGUGACCCCAAAGUUAGAGCUGGAGCAGUUGACGUAGUACGGCACUGGCAAGACCUUGGCUACCUCAUUAUCUACGUCACAGGCCGGCCCGACAUGCAGAAGCAACGGGUGGUGGCCUGGUUAGCACAGCACAACUUCCCCCAUGGGAUUGUCUCGUUCUGUGAUGGGCUGGUUCACGACCCGCUGCGGCACAAAGCCAACUUCCUGAAGUCCCUCCUCACAGACCUCGACAUGAAGAUCCACGCGGCCUAUGGAUCCACCAAGGAUAUCUCGGUCUACACCUCCAUCAACCUGCCACCCAUGCAGAUCUACAUUGUUGGCCGGCCAACCAAGAAGUUACAGAACCAUUGUCAGUUCAUUACUGAGGGAUACGCAGCCCACCUGGCCCAGCUGGAAUACACCCAUCGCUCCCGGCCUGCCAAGAACACCACCCGGAUGGCUCUUCGGAAAGGCAGCUUCGGCCUCCCGGGCCAGACUGAAUUCCUACGCAAAAGGAACCAUUUGCUGCGCACCAUCUCCUCUCAGCCCACAGCGACGGCAAGCGGUGGUUCCAGCUAUAGGCCAGAGCGAACCCAGAGCCAGUCUGAGAGUGACCGGGAGAGGGAAAAGGAGCGCAGCCAGAGGAGCAUGAGUCUCGCCACGGGAUGCUGGGGACGGAGCGCAGCCUCUAGACUUGAGCCAGGGGCCUUGGGGCAGAAGUAGAGCAGCCAAGAGGCGACAGCAGCCGCAGGCAGGUAGAAGACGUAAAGCAGCCGAGGCCGACCGUGUGGGUGACAGCGGGGCAAAUAUGGUGCUACCCAUUGCCAGCAAGAUGGCAAUAACUUUCCGAGGCAAUGACAAGACUGAUUUCCCCCUAGCCCCCAUGCGUAACAUACAGGCCUUGAUGACAGGGGUGCUAGGCUUUGCAGAGCACUACCCAAAGGGAAAAAGAAAACUGCCUUUUCAAACAAAGAGCCAUCAGGAAAGGGAAAGAUAAGGAUAUUGGCAGCCUCUGGGUGCAACUCUUUCCUACUCUCUCUCUCUCCCGCCCCCCUUUCUUAUCCAGGUUUAGUGAUUGUAAAUACGUGCCUCCUCAGCUUCUUAGCCAUCAGUCAAAGACACAACUGAGGGGAGCAGGGGGGACCACAGUGCCAUGUGGGGGCAGAAGUGGAUGAGUUGGGGGGCAUGAACAUGGAUUUGUUCUGCUAUUUGAAUGGACAGGAGCUGCAUCAUGCCAUCACUUGACAAUGGAAAUAAAUUGCUCCAUUUUUGGAAUGUGGAGAGACUCAGGUUGGAGACAGGGAGAGCGUAAGACAAGCUUAGAACACAUACAUGUUCGACAACAAAGCAAAGUCGCAUCGGCCAGUGGAUAAUUCAAGGCUGCUUAGUGCAAUCAGCAUGGAAUCUGAUGAGAAGUUUGUUUGAUCUGGGUGCAAUUUUUUUUUAAGUAAACAUUUUAAAAAGGGACAAAUACAAAAGCAAGAAUUUGGAAGCUGGUGGAUUGUGCUAAUGCAGAAAAAGUAUAUGAGCUGCUGUCAAUUUCUGCUCCUCAAUUUUGGAGGAGGGGGAAGGAGGAAAAGGAAUUGGGCAAUGCUCCAGAUAUUACUUUCUAUGUUUGGGAAGUAACCAAUUAGUUUCACAUGUGUGGGAAGCAGAGUGCUGCUAUAUUUGCUCAGCCUAAAAAAAUAAAGCUAAGUCCAAAUUCUCCCCCCCCCCGCUGCCCAUUUCUUCUCUGCCCCUUGCCCUCCCUCAAAUGGGAGUUGGUCCUUCUUUCCAACGGCUUUGGACAGAGGAUGUAAAUUUGCUUUCUUUUUAACUGUAGUUAUGCAACUAUAAAACCUCACUGUUUUUGUUUGUUUUGCACUGAAUUUUUUUUAGAAAGGAGGCCUAUGACUAUUUUAGGAAGCAACACCCUCUUUAUAGCGCAUGACAGUGAAGUGUUAAGCCAGGAUGCAUUUACCCAAACCACAAACACACACACAUACACACACAUGUGUGUGUGUGAGAGGGGCCUUUCCCACCAGUAGCGAUAGACUGAAGUUGUGCAAGCCAACAAGGGAAUGCACAUUUUUUAAAAAGAAGGACAUGUACUACAUUUCCCUAACUUCUCUCUGUACAGGAAUUUCAGGUUUGAUGGACUGGAUGCAGAGUAAGAAAAGGCCUGUGAAUUGAAGUGGGUUUGUGCUGCUCUGCCACCCCCAGCUGUAACGCAUGCUCUUGCUUUACAAUACUCUCUAGUAGCCAUUUUGGAAUGGGAGUAAUUUGCACAAGGAAAAAUGCCUACAAGGAAGGGUCUGCACAAUCCCUCUAACCACCCCAUGUCAGGACUCAGAAUUUCCAGCUUUUGCCAAUGGGCAUUCCUUUCCAGAACGUGGUUAGCCUAGGAUAAAGGAGGGCCUCUUAUCCAAGGAUUGGGGGGUUGCCCUUUCUUGCCUAGAGUUUCUGGCAUUUUUAAAUAUUUGCACAGGUGUCCUUGCUUCAGUGUUCCCUUUCCUCUUCCACCUCUGACCAUUGUACCACUUUCUACUUUAUAAGCUCUUAUAUGUAAAACAAUUUUUUCCCCUAGACUAACAGCUUUGUUUUCUUAGUUUCUUUUUUUCAAUACUAAGACUCACAGCACUGUGAAUACGGCCUCUUUCAAGCCACAGCGAGGCUUCAACAACUCAUCUGGACAUAUUAAAAAAAAUUACUUUGCUACUUGGGCUUCAGCACCAAAUUUGAAAUGGUGUGCUCCAUCUAAAUGGGUGCAAUUCUCUAAAAGGGGUAAAUUUCACUCAUUUGUCCAUGAAAACUGCUGCUCUUUUCAAAUGAAGUUUGCAACACCCAACAUAUAUCUCAACCAUUAAUGAUGAGCCAUACUGCAAGAUUGUAGGCCACUUGUCUCAGAUGAAAUCGGCAAGAAAAUGCUGGCAAGUUUUUACUACUUUUAAAAAAACAAACACUAUUGGCUUCCCUUUCUGCUCAGCCUAGUUCUUUGCGAAUGUACAUCAAAAACUCAGUAUCUCAUCUGAAAUCCAUUCUGUAAAACCAUCAUCGCAAAUCAGACUAGGCGGCCACGUGGAACAGACCUUCAGUGAUUUAACCUCUCCUCCAAACAGAAUCCGCGAGUCAAGUCAUGAUGUGUACCUUUUUUCAAAGGUCAAUGUCUUCUUUUUAGUGUGUGUGUGUAUGUGUGUGCGUUUGUAGAUAGUGUAAAGCAAAGGACAAUGUAAAUGCCUCGGGAUCGGCAGGGAGGAAAUGGGAACAUAUAUAUAUACAGAUAUACAUAUAUAUACAGAUAUACAUAUAUAUGUAUAUCUGUAUAUACAUGUAUAUACAUAUAUAUAUAUAUAUAUACACAUAUGUAUAUACAUAUAUAUAAGACAGUUUUGAAAGCAACAAACAUAUAUAUAUGCAGUUAAAGUAAUUUAUUUUAUGUACAGAACUUAUAUCUGAAGAGAAAGAAACCUUCAGGGUUUAUUAACAUUUCAAAGCCUAGUUUCCCCCAACCACUUCUUGGUUUCAGGAACUUUGUACAAAAGAAUUAUUUAUGGACCAAGCUUAAAGUAACUGUCAAAGGAUGCUAAGUGCAAUCUCCUCAUUGCCUCUCAUCAAUUCAUAUUUGAAACGAAUGAUCCACAAGAGGACAGUCAUUCCUACGUGCACUUAAACCUUUGGUCAAGCUUCUCCUUUCUUCCAGCAUUCUCCCUGUUUAUUUUCUGCAUGGUCUUUUCAUAUUUCAGUUGGGGGGGGUAGCCCAUCAUCCUUCUUUGCCAUUGCAAUAAAUAUUGGAUGAAGUGAGCGAAGAGUGAGAAGAUACAGGUGGAGAGUUGCUUUCAUGCGUUUUAGAAAAACAUGCCUGGAUGCCAUCAUUCUUUUCCAUGACUUGUGGAUACAUACCCCUCUCUGUGUUGUCCUUGAUUCUGAAAGCUGAACUUACUACUCUCUAGAAUUCAACAAAAAAUAGCAAUAGCUCAGUUUGAAUGUAACAUGGCUCCUGUCCAGCCUUGGAAAGGAUCUGGAGGGCGGCAUUUGCGUGGCAAGCCCCCUCCCUUCGCAAAUGCAGUGACUGAUUUGUGGGAUCUGGAGCUCUCCAUAUUUCAAGGUGUAGCUUAUCAGAUCAACAGCCCAGAUCCAGUUUAUAACUUAAGGACCAGGAAGUGUAUAUUCUGAGGCCCUGCCCCUGUGGCACCUUCUGACAUUCACAACUCAAUGAGGAAAAUGUCCUUGGGAAGGAUAGGUCUGGUUUCUCCAGCUCUGGGAAGCCCAGGUAUGCAAACUUGUCCCUCAAGAGUCUUAACAGUUGGAUGAUUGGUCAGGGAGGGCAGUUUCAGUCCAUUUAGAAAUAUUUUUUUUAUUUAUUAUUAGAACCACCUGGAUGUCUCCAGGACUCAUCCAUUAUAUAGAACAGCCUUUCCCCAACCUGGUGCUGUCCAGAUAUUUUGGACUACCACUCCCAGCAGCCCCAGCUAGCAUGGUGUAGAUCUUUUGCUAAACUUGCACUUUUUAAUAUUUAUUUUCUUUCUGUUUAGGAUCACAUAACUUCUGUUUAUGAUUAUCUUUGAAAUAUGCUAAGUAGUUCCCUCUUUUAAAAGAGAAAAAAUGAGGGAGUGGAAGGAGGUAUUUGAGGAAGGGUCGAGAUCAGAUCCCCCUGCAAAUAUUUAGAGGAGCUUGCACCAGCAAUCUGGACACUUAUCUGUCCAGGUUAGGGCCUUAGGGUAGGGCGGUGUAUGUUCUUGUGCCGCUGUGAUUACACAGCAUUCUGAGAAUUACACCUUUCACUUAAAACCAAGAACAAUGUUCUAGUCCUCAUUACAGGGAUAGAUAAGCUUGAAAAGCAUGGGUGGUGUCUGGUGACAUUUCGGAUAUCCAAGGGGGCUCAGCAGUGGACAAAAACAUGGAAUUAAGUGCUUUGCCCACCAGUUCCCCCCUGCCAACAAACUUUGCAUAAUGUGUUAAUUUCAUGUACUCAGAAUGCACAAUUUGAGCUGCCUUAGCACAGAACAUAGAAUGUUGAUACUUUGGGUUUCAUUUUUUAAUGUAGUGUUGAUUGAUUGAUUUCAUAUAUAGACCCUCUUGUGUUUGGGUGAAAGUUUUACAGGGGAAUUCAGUGUUGAUGAAUUUAUAGAGGCCUCACAUGGGAUACUGUAUUUUGUGCACAUAAUUUGACCUGAGCUUUUAUUUUUUUAGCCAAAAAUGCAAGCAUCUAAUUGGCUACAGAGGGGAGGGAAAACCCCAAAGCCCACCAAGAGCUCAAGGCUCUGAAAAGCCAAGGUGGGUCUGGAGUUUAAUAACACUUCCCCUAAAACUGUAUCACCCCCAACCUCGCAAAAACAUUCCAACUAUUGCAAAACUCCCAAAAUCUUUGCAGUCUGAAAAAGCAACACAAAAGAAGCAUAAAAACAUGUGGUUUUGUCCUUUAGAACGUUUGUACAACACAACCCUGUGCAUGCUUAUCUAAGGGAAGGUUUCGUUACGUUCAAUUGUUUUUUCUUCCUAAGUAAGUGCGUUUAGGAUUGCAGCUUUAGUGCUGCAUAUGCAUCCCAACAGCACACAAUGUAUUGCGGUCCCAAGACUGGAACUAAGCAGAUCUGGGGCUGGUCAGUGCUUGGAUGGGGGAUUCUCUAAGAACCCCAUUAUACACCCACCUUUAAUUUUAUUUAUUGCAUUUAUACCCCCACCCUUCCUCCUAAAAGGAGCCCAGGGCAGCAAGCAACAGCCUUGAGAUCCAUCAGAAGAAAAGUGGGAUAUAAAUUUUAGGUGGAUGAGAAAGAGCGCACUCUGUACAUUCUUUCUUUCCUAACAAGAUGGCUUCCUAUUAGCUUAUGCUGGGGCCAGAUCAUUAGCGUCUUUUGACAAAGGGUGUUACUUUUGAAGAAUGUUUACAGUGUCCUAAAGCUAGUUCAUGGGGAGUAGGCUGCCAAAGGGGGGGGGGUUGCGAAUGAAAUGGCUAUGCCUUACUUACUUAACUGGAGUCAUCCCUCUCAUUCAGAUAUUUUUGCCAUUGCUGCCGUUUUUCCUGUUAGUUCCAAAAGCCUUACAGUUUUGUCUGCCUCUCCUUUGUCAUUGAGCCCCCAGGUGUAGUCUUCUCCGACUGUUAUUUUGCAUUCGACAAUGUUCAUUCUGUGGAAUUGAUUUUUAAAACUGGGUUUUUAAGGAUACAGCUGGAGGGAUGGCAGGAGGAACAGAACUAUCCAAGAACAUUCUGUGUGGAAAGGCACACUGGUGGAGCCCAGAGUCCAGCAAGGCCUGCCCUGUCACUGUUUUUAGUUACCGCGCGUUUGUGUGUCUGCAUGACCCUGUCUGUUUCCUUGCUCUUGUACGUGAAGACCAUCUUCCUCCGUGCUCUUCCUGCAGCCUGGGUGUGCUUUGUAUAUGGUUAUCACUUGUACGUUAACACCAAUUAAAAGAAACGGGAAUUUU